AUGAAAGCCGAGCAAGAGACAGAGGAGAAGAAUCGUGCUUUGAAUGCUUUGGCACACAAUGAUGUGCGGUAUAGAAGAUACACUAUUGAAGAGAUUGAAGAAGCCACAGAUAAAUUCGCAUCAUCAAAUAAAAUUGGUGAAGGAGGAUAUGGACCUGUGUAUAAAGGCAAACUUGAUCAUACCCCAGUUGCCAUCAAGGCGUUAAGACCUGAUGCUGCUCAAGGGAAGAAGCAGUUCCAACAGGAGGUAGAGGUUCUCAGCACCAUUAGACACCCACACAUGGUCCUUCUUCUUGGUGCCUGCCCUGAGUAUGGAGUCUUGGUAUAUGAAUACAUGGACAACGGAAGCUUGGAAGACAGGCUGCUUCAAAAACAAAACACCCCUCCAAUUCCAUGGAGCACACGAUUCAAAAUAGCUGCUGAGAUUGCUACCGCACUUCUGUUCCUCCACCAGGCAAAGCCAGAACCCCUUGUCCACCGUGACCUGAAACCAGCAAACAUUCUUUUAGACCGUAACUAUGUGAGCAAAAUUAGUGAUGUUGGCCUUGCUCGGUUAGUCCCUCCUUCUCUAGCUGAUAGUGUCACACAAUACCACAUGACCUCAGCUGCAGGUACGUUUUGUUAUAUAGAUCCCGAGUAUCAACAAACAGGAAUGUUAACUACAAGAUCAGACAUAUACUCGUUGGGAAUAAUGCUACUCCAAAUCAUCACGGCCAAGCCUCCGAUGGGUCUUGCUCAUCAGGUGGGGAGGGCCAUUGAAAGAGGAAGAUUUGCAGACAUGCUUGACCAAACAGUAGCAGACUGGCCUGUGGAAGAGGCGUUAAGAUUUGCUAUACUGGCAUUGAAGUGUGCAGAACUAAGGAAGAGAGACAGGCCAAGCCUUGCCACAGUUAUAGUGCCGGAGCUUAACCGGUUGAGAGACCUUGGAAUGAACACAGAACAGCAAAGAAGCAACAACAUUAUCCAGAGACGUGGAGUAAGCAGCAGAGGUAGUAGCCGCAGUCCUCUUCCACAUCCUAAGUCAUCUUCACAGGCAAGGAUGUCAAAUGCAACUCAGAGAGGACUGAACAAGCUUCUAAUCAGGAAGCGCGCAACAGCUAAGAAAGUUAAGAGGCAACUUACGAGAACCAAAACCAGAAAGCUAAUUCCUGAUGGAAAAGAAUCGAAGAAGCGUUCAAAAACUAAAAGACGCGGGAAUAGAAGGAUGUUUGUAUGGGAUGACAAGUACCUUCAAGACAGUGAAUAG